AUGAUGAAGGCACUGUAUAAAAGUAUCGUGAACUUUUUGCUCUCGUCCUUUUUUGAAAACAUUGAAGAGAAGCAACUGCAGACGUCCCUAAUCAGAGGAAAGGUGCACUUGCAGAAUGUGAAGAUUAAGAAGAACUUUUUCGACAUUUUGUAUUUGCCCUACACGAUUAAGUAUGGGUACAUCCGGUCGUUGGAUUUGCAGAUCCCCCUGUUGUACCUGUUCCAGAAGGCCAGCCUCAAAAUUAGUGACGUAGUAAUCGUGGUGAAGGAGAAAAACUUCAACGACUUCAACAUCGAUGAAGAAAUAAAUGGAAUAAAGGAAGCAAAAAAAAAUAAUCUAAAAAUAGAAGACAUAAAUAAUAAGGAAGAUGACCUGAAUAAAAAAAUAAACAAAGGAAUUAAUUACCUGCUUUACGAGCUGUAUAAUAAUAUGUCCAUAGAUAUAGAAAAUUUGGAGGUAAUUCUAGAAAGUGCAGAGAAGAAAAAAAACAUUGUAGGUUUGUCAGUUAAAAAUGUGUCUAGCGUGAAAAGUCACAACAGCGCAAGCAAGGUGAGAAAAAACUUUUCCUUCAGUGACGUGAUUUUCUACAUGGAAGAUGAGAAGGCCAAAUAUCUACUCACCAAAGUUAUAAAGAAGGAAGAAAAGAAGAAAAAAAAUAAAAGAAAUAUUAACGAAGAGGAUAUAUACCACAAGAUAAAGGAUAUCUGCAUUCAUCUGCACACAAAAAAAUACAUCAUCUCAGAAAUCCCCCUCCUCGUUUUAAGUACAAAUUUUUACAUCAGUAAUUGUAGCCAGUAUGCUUGCCGCAAUGCCAAGUUUAUUUUUAAAAAAAAAAAUUUCUUCGAUAUUACAUGCCCACAUUGUGAUAGGUAUUUGUACCAGUGUAAAGAGGUGAAAAAGGAGAGGUCCCUAUUUAGACAUAUUUUUCUCGAGAAGGACGAAUUGGAAGCUCGGAAUAGGAAGCUCUAUUCUGAGUUCAACGCGGAGGCGUGCAGCAAUAAUGGGGAGACGCCCUUCGGUGGGCUGCGUGACGUCAACAGGAGGAAGAGAAAAAAAGGGGCAAACGAAACGAACGAAGUGGAUGAUGCAGAUGAGGGGAUGACUGCGGUAAGCAGCAACGGGGAGGAGGGGGCCCCACCCCCCACGGGGGAAGCAGAAGCACCCCAUCCGAGUAACAAAACAAAUGCACCCACCGGGGAAGCAGAAACCCCCCCAAGUGGCGAAUUACCCCACGGGAAGAAAUCGAAAAGGAGAUCAAAAUAUAGUGAUAAAUGUCUGUACUAUCGAAUUAAAGACGGAGAAAAAUGCACACAUGUUGAACAGGUAGAUAUCCUGGAGGAAAGAAUAAAUAUAAGAGAAAACGAAUACAUGAGUUUCGAAAUUCAUGUAGACAAACUGAACGUGAGAUUGUCCUUUAAGCAUCUUAGUUACCUUGCCGAUUUGAUAAUGUAUUACUCAGUUUAUGGGUGCUUUGUGAAUGGGCUCUACCUGGAGGAGUGGCUAAACAUUCCAGAUGUAAAGGACAUUUUAACGUACAAAAGGGAGUUAAUAAAAAAGAAGAAGAAGGAAAAGCAUGAUAAGGACUUUAUUGAAAAGUUUGAAUACACACAUAGCUUUCAAGUUAUAUCUAGUUUGAGAAAACACGCGGAGGAGGCAUCUGUAGUGGGUGGCACCAAGGCAGAUGUAAACUUAAUCGAUAGUGGUUCCUCAUCGGGGGGAGGAAGACAAGAGGGAAAUGACACAAUCAGUUGCAGUAGCACCGUGGGGAGCAACACCAACGGAAAAAGUGCACAAAACGGACGCAGUAGUGGUAACCUUUCCGUGAAUUGCAGCUUAAGGGUAUCCAUUGGGAAGGUAAACCUAAACCUGUAUAGCUACGAAAAAAUAACCAAGUCUUUGCAGCUGACGGUCGAUACGUUUGAAUACUAUUUUAAGAACUAUAUAAAUAAUGACUUCGCAUAUCACAUCCGUUUGAGUGAUGCGGUGGUGAAUUUCGUCUACAAGGGGAGGAAGUACCCCCUGUUGGAGCUGUUCCCUCAGCAGCCGUGGCAACACCAUCAUCAUCAUCAUCACCACCACCACCACCACGGUGACCUGGCGGGGCAUAAGAAGGAUUCAUUCAAAAAAGGCAAGUGGAAAAAUAAGGGCUACCUGUUCAAUGCACAUCUGGGAAAUGGUCCCCCCUCCGUGAAGGCAAACGGGGAAAACCCCAAAGUAGAGGACACAAAUCAGAGUGUGUUACAAAAGGCAGGUCACCCAGAUGUGCAUCUCAAAAAAGGUGAUGAAAAUAACAAAGCGGAACAGGAACACCUGAUAGAGUUCAUAAGAGAACCUGCGCUAACCCUCUUUGUGUAUAAAAAGUUCGACACCUCCCAGAAUAAAAUAUACGUUAGAUGCAACCAAAACGUACUGAUCACCCUGAGCAUCAGAGAAAUUCACAAAAUCCUAAAUAUGAACUAUAGAUACAACACAGUAAAUUUAGAAAAAAAAAUAAAAACAUACAAAAGUCUGUAUUACUACUACCUGCUGGGGAAAAAGUACUGCAAGGAACUAUACGUGGCGUCGGAAAAGGACUUCGUCGAUAUGAACCUCCAGUUAUUCAACAACGUCUACGUGAACUUAGUGCUAAAUAAAAAGUACUCUCUUCUAGUACGGUUUAAGAAGAUCCGGUGGAAUUCUUUUUUUUUUACGAAAACGCAUUUGAGGAACCAUGUGGAUCGGCUGAUCAUGCUAUCGGAGUAUAAUGAGUUGCACCAUGAGGGAGCCGCUCAUCUUCGGGGGUCAGAGUUUGGCGGGUCCGCCCCCUCCAUGGAUCAACUGCGCGAGGGACAAAAAAAAGAGGGGAAGGAAGAAAAAAAAGGACACAAUAAAGAUGACAAUAAAGAAGGCAAUAAAGAAGACAGUAAAGAAGACAACAAAGGAGACGCGAAGAUGCAAAUCACAGAGAAUGGCAGUGCCAAUAUGGGCGGUGAGGACGCUGGAGGCAAUGCCCCCCAGGGGAGCUCCUGCCCAAAUAAGGCCAGUCCGGAAAAUGUAACGGAUAUGUCAAGCAGUAACCCCACCAAGGGAGGACCCCCCAUUGGAACGACGCCACCACUACAUGAACAACACACGAACGAGCAACAGGGUUCAAAUAACAAGUGCACACUUCACGAUGACACCUCCAUGUGUGAAGACAGCAAAGUGACCAUGAAGUAUAGGAAGCAUUAUCAGGACUUUUUGCGAAGCAACAAUUUAGCAGAUGUAGACACCGCCAGGCGAAUGUGCUCCAAUAAUAACUCCUGCAAUUUUAGCCGUGAGUGGAGUGUAAAUGGUAGGGCCGCAGAAGGUGAACUAAACAACCAAUACGUCAAUGGAGGAGAGCAUAGCAGUAAUGAGGCACGAAGUGAUCUGCCAACAAUUGCACGUGAGAGGUACAUCUUCCACAGUCAGCGGAAAAACGUAGGAAAUGAAAAAGUUGAAUCGAGCAUAGAUGUGAAUGUAGAGAGGCUACCCAGUCGGGACUUAUCCUCCAUUAGGGAAGUAGACCCUGCAGAGGAUCCCCACGCAGAGACAGAAGAAAGCACCAUAACUACCAUAGAGCAAACUCGACUAAGUUUUGAGUUUUCCAUUUUUAUGGUAAAAAACAAAAGUGAAUAUAACAUGCAGAACGCACUGACGAAUAAAAACGAAACGAAUAAGAGGUACCUGCUGAAGCCACAGAAAAUUUACUUGGACCAAAUAACAUACAACUCUAACGACAGCACAGAGAAGAAGUUGGUCUUCCUGCACAGUAAGGACAAGCAUCACUUGAGUCUUAACAUAGACGACAAGACGAUUUUCAAAUUUGUGUUUUUCUACUUCCAUUACGCUAAUUAUAUAGACUAUAUAAGUCACUACUUUACGAGCAAGAAGGAAGGCAGCUACUUGAACUUGAACACCAUAGACAUCCGCAGUUAUAAGACGUUGCAGAUUUUGCUCGACAACGCGGUGGUGACGGGCAAGGGGGAAACAGCUGAGGGGGGAGAAGAAGUGCAUGUGGAGAAAGCAGUGGUGGAAGAGGUGACUGCUUCGAAGGAGGUGUCUCCCCCCAACGAAGGACGAACCCUCCCCCCGGGGGAUGUUAUCGAAGAAGGAAGGUGCGGUGCGGCCGCCCCAGGGUCAAAUUCUCCGAUACAGAGCAUACAUGGUACCAGUGAGAAGAAGGAACCCCCCAAGGGAGAGGCUCAUGAGGAAACGUCGAAGCAAGUGUACCAUGAAAAAGACAACCUGGAGGAGGAUGCGAAGAGUAGGAAGGCUCACGAAGGAGAGAGGAAGCGAGAAAGAAAGUACAGCCUAAUGAUGAGCCACCAUAAUCGUCAUGGAAGUCAUCAUAGUCGUUACGGAAUUAAUGAGGAGCAUACAGGAAGGGAGUACUCCCCCCAUAUGAACCCCUAUAGGGAUGAACCCAUCGGAGGAAACAAACAAGAAGUGAUCGUUUUUGUCCAGAAGGCAAAGUUCCAUUUAAAUAAUUACAAAAGGAGCAAGCGAAUGGUAUCGGUGCAUCUGUCGGAUGUACUCAUCUAUGCGUAUAACGAUUCUUGUGUCUCUACCAUGGCUCUAAAUAUGAAAAAGAUAAACCUAUUGAAUUGUCUGCUGAGUGAAGCAUAUCAAAACAACUUCAUUUCUUACAUAGAGAGAAGAAGUGUGUCUAGUAAGAUGAGCAGAAAGAACUCAAAACAUGGUGAGAUGAAGAGGACCAACAAUAGUGGUGGCAUUUAUUUCUACAACAGUGUACUAAAGUUAGUAAACAAUGGAAACUUCCUGUUUUCCUAUUCGAGCAGAAAUAAUGUAUCCAGUGGUUCUGCAGAGAAAUUGCAAAACGGGUCCUAUGUGAGAGAUAGAAGGAACAGUCUGCUUUACGGGAAAAUUACCGGAGGGGGGGGAAGUGCACAUGGGGCAAGCACAAUCGGGGGGGAGAGAGGCACCGAUGGAAGAAUCAAAGUCGGGGCAGAGGGAGAAGAAUCCGAUGAAGUGCGUUACUUCAGGACGGAUAACUAUAGACAGCUAAACAAUAUGUAUGCAGAUAAGGGGGCAAGAAACCCGAAUCAGCCACACCAAAAUAAGUUAAAGAAGAGACACAGCACUAGUGUCGACUUUGUUCACACCAGUUACUACAAUAAUUUGAACACAGAUUAUUUUACUUUUAAUGUAGAGAAGAGCCAGGAUGAUGAAGAGACGAAGUUGCUAACUAGUGGAGAGCUAGCUGGUGAGGACGGGGCACACAUUGCCUUAGGUGAUGAGCAGGGUGUGGAUGCCCACGGGGGGGAACAAACCCCGGGCAAGGAAAACGUGCGGUAUGAGAGUUGUUUAGAGGUGGUGGAAAAUAACGUGGCGCAAGGGGAAGGAUCUGGUGCUGCAGCGUCAAACAACGCAGCUGAGGCGAAUCAUGCUAAUCACCUUGGAGAUGAUCCGUUGAACGAAGGGGACGCCACGAAGAAUAUCCCACCCAGUGGAUCCACCCCGGAGAGUCCAAGGGUGGAGGUAGAUAGCCGCAACGGAGGGAGCAGCCAAGGGGGAGGCAGCUCAGAGGGAAAGGCCUCCUCAAAAAAUAAAAGAAGAUCAGAAUAUGAAAUACACAAAGCGAGGGAUGUGAAGAGGGUGAAACGAAUUGACAGCAGCAACGUCAGCGUCGUGGAUGCAACUGAUCAGCAUGCAGGACACUGCCAAAUGGACGGCAUUCCCCCAGAUGAAGCAAACAAAAAUAAAGAGGAACACGAAAAUGAACACGAAAAUGACGAGGCAGAUCAUGAAGAAGAAGAGGAGGACGAUUUUUACCCCGAAGAGGAAGAAGAAGAUGAGGAGGAAAAUUACCAUGUCGUAAAAAACAGAGAGAAUGAAAAUAUAAAAAAUGUCCAGCUUUAUUUAGUGAACGCAGAAAUGAUUGUAGACUACAUGUACUUACUGAACUUAUACAAGUGGGCCUGCAAAUUGGGAAAAAAAUAUGACAGAAUUAGAAAGAUUUCUUCAUACGCUUACUCAGAUAACAACUCCAUGGAUGACAGUACCAGUGUGAAUGUGAACCCGGUGAAGUACAACUACAGCGCGUUUUUGCAAAACAACAGAAUCUGUGUGCCCAUAUAUCAGUUCACCAUUACGCAAUAUACCUUUUAUGAGAACGUGCGGUCCAAUUCGUACGUGUCGUUAUUGCCUGUGUUGGAGCUGCACUUUUCCGCGUCUUGCAAGUGGACCAACGAACACGACGAGGAGACCAAGUCCAUGCAAGUGCGGAGCCUCGGAAGCAAGCUCGUGAUGCCAGCCCUAAACAUCUACACGCAUAAAAGGAACAAAAAGUGCAGCAUAUGCAUCCUAAGUUUUAACACCAAGGAUAAGGACAAUGAGACAAUUAUAAACGACCUGAGGUUUCAAAUAAAUAUGAAGAAAAAAAUAAAGUAUGACUAUGGACAGGAGGACCAUGACCUGAGCAGCAGUGCCAGUAGCUGCUACGAGAACAUGAACCUACUCCCUUACUAUUAUGACCCCAAGUAUACUUCUCUGAAUACCUACUUCUCUGCGAUGACGCAACAUUCUGUGGAUGACGGAAGGGAGGAUGGAGAAGGGGCAAGUGGACAUUCAUAUGGAAAGGAAAUUAUAAGCAUACACAAUGAUCCCCUCAUCAUUAACGUAUCACACGAUAUUUUAAAAAACGUGUUGUUGUGCCAUAGCAUGUUUAUGUGUUUUUUGGGUGCAUGCAUGGGAACGGAGGGAAACGCCCCGGUUGUUAACGGUGCUGAGGAGGGGCAAAACAGCUUCGUGCAGGACGCACUUCUUUACCUAUACAGAAAGGCGCACGAGUUGCUGUUCGAGUAUCAUCUGGAUGACCUGCGUAUCCACUUUUACAACGGAAACAGUAACCGGAACAUGCCAGUUAUAGUGUUGAGCGUGUUUAACCUGAAGCUGUUCCUGCAGAAGGACGCACAACACAUUUACAGCUUCUUCAACCUGCACGUUAAUAUAGACGUCUUCGAUAGGUACAAUAUUGUAUAUGACACUUUGCUAGAAAAGAUGGAAAUCCUGUUGGCCUUCGAAAAUGAGAGGAACAACAUAAGUCUCUUAAACUUCAAAUUGGAGACCUCUAUUAUAAACAUCCUUUAUGCAAAUAGGAGUAAAAAUAUAAUCAUCGAGUUUGUUAUUUCGUUGGUGGAGAAUGCGCUGACCUUUCUGAAUUAUUACUACUACGGGGGUGGGAACCCUGUGGCAUUUACCCCAUAUCAGAAGGACAGCCAAGCGGGCCUAGCAGCAGGAAUGGCAACCGAUGGAGCUCUACUUUAUGAUGACAGAGGAAUCUUGGUGCCGAACUUUGCACUGAGCAACGCCCUGGAAAUUGGAGAGAGGAAAAGGAAGAACGCCAAGCUGUCUAUGUCUGGCCCACAUCUGUCUUCCAAGAUAUACAACUACACAGGAGUGACAAUCAACGUUCGGUUUAAGCAAUCACUGAGGAAUAAAAUGCAAAACAGCUUUUACAAAAAUAAAAGUAAGAAUAAAAACCGCUUCAUCUUUUAUGAGUUGCACAAAAACGAACAUGGAGGAUUGCUUAACGAUGAAAAUGGAAAGGUCUGCGAAUUGGUGGUCAUCAUUAAACUUUUUAACUACGUGUAUGAGAUUGUAGAUAUUGAGAGAACGAAAAAUAUUUGCGACAUUAGGUUCCUUCCAAUUAUAUACCACUUGAAGAGGACAAACAAGAAGAGAAAAAUUACUAUAAAAAAAUGUGACCUAACUUAUGAUACGUAUAAUGAACACACGGUGAAGAAUAAAGUUUUUAAAACGUUCAUUAAGCUUUACAUACAAACGAAUAUUGAUGAGAAGGGCAUCGUGUCGAUAUACUUUUCUUCCAAUUUGUAUGUGAACAACACGACUAGUAGUAAGUUUGUUAUUUUGUUCCACCCCAUUUUGCAUUACUUUUUGAGGCAUAAUGAAGCGCAACAUUAUGCUCAUAGCGAGAUUGAUCAUGGGAAGGGGGCUACUAGGGAAGGGGAUGAUAGACGCACCACCAGUGGUGGUGGUGGGGGGGGGGCUGUCACUGUUAUAGGGAAAAGGGAGAAGUACUACUUGCCGCUAAUCUCCUUCGUGCCGAUUAUGAUUCUGUUCGAUUACAUGAACAGCAGGUGCAACGAUAGUGAGGAAGCAGCAGAUAAAGACAGCAGCUUCGCAGAUGGAGAAAGCGACAGUGGGAAGAACAUCCACAAUGUCGGUUCGUGUGUGGAGAAGGAAAUGGCCACCAGGAGGAAGCGCAGGAGGAAGAACCACUCCGGGAGCGUCUCCCAUGAGGAGGAAAGCAAUCCCAUCAGUGGUGGUGCAGGCAGAGAAAGAACCCUUCUGGAGAACCCCCCUCAGAAGGACGAUGAAGAACGUGGAGUAACGCCCACUCAGGGCACGCCCCAACAUCGAAGAAGCCUGUCCCUAUUGAACAAAAGCAAAAUGAGCAAAAUAUUGAAACGGUUGGAAAAGUACCUGAACGAAAACAGCCAAAGUCAUAACCUCAAAAAUAUUAACUACAUCUAUAUUGUCAAGAAGGAAUUUUACGAUUUUUACAUGCACAGAUAUGAACAGAGUAGGAAGUGUUACUUUGACGUCUUUAACUUUUUAAUAAAAAGUGGGGCGAAGAAGCUAUUGGGGAAUUCUUCCAUUAAGGAGAUCGUUUGUAGACAUUCCUUCGAUUUUUUGAAAUACAAUUUGUAUGCUCAUACGAUUAAGUUGAGGGCCAUGAAGGUGAUUUGCUAUGAUAAGAAGGGGGGUGCUAAUCAUACGAAUGGUGAACAUGCAACAGUGGGUGCUGAGGUGCAAGGUGCGUUGACCCACAAAGGAGGAGACGGGUUGGUGGCUUCCCCGAUCGGUGGUAUGGUGGCACUUAACCAAUCAGCACAAGACUCCCUCAGUGGAAACUGCAGGAGUGGCCUACCGAGGAGGGACUCCUUCAGCGAGGGGAAGACCCUCAUGGCGAUCAUGAACAAUUAUGAGAACGAAGGGAAUAUCAGAGGGAGUAUUAAAGGAAGUGUGAAAGGAAGUGUAAAAGGUAGCGUCAAAGGGAGCGUUAACGGGAGUGUCAAAGGCGGCUCGGUCGGAUGGACAGACAGACCCAGACGUAGGUUGAGCGAACGGAAGAUAAGUAGCUUGCAUAUUGGGAAGGAUAGAAGGAUCUCCACAUUGGGCAGCAUGGUAUUGUACGACCUAGGAAGGGGUCCAAUAGGGAGAAAGCGCCUACGGAAUAGUGAGUUAGCGUUAGGUCGAUAUCUACCCAGGGAAGGUCCACACAGGAGGGGUAGUAUAGAUUACAGCGCAGCAAGUGGAGAAAGCGUAAACGCCACUGGCAAUGUUGAUGAAUCGAAAGGGGAAAAUGUGGAUGAGAGCAGUCAGAAGAAUGCCGGAAGGGAUUCACGCACGCUGAGCAUACAAAAUGAUGAGAGGAAUAAAAAGCUAGUUUUUACCGCCCAGAAGCAGUGCAACUACAGCAACACAGUCAUCUGUGAACAGAAGAAUUUGGAGGUGAACAAGGUGUACUCCUUCGGUAUUCUGAUAAACUACAUUUUCGAAAUACACAACCUGAUGUUUGAAGAAAUAAAGGUUGGCUAUUGUGAGAGGUAUGUAAUAAAUAGUGUUGCCAAGAAGGUGAAGAGGAUCAGGAAGGACGUCAUCUCUGCUAAAUCGGUCAGUUACUUCGACGUCAUUCCCACCUACAUUAAGCUCUUUUAUGUCAUCCAGAGGGAUAACUACAUGUAUAAUUUUUUCUCCAAAAAAAUUGAGCUACACCCGGUGAGGAAUACAUACGAAGAUAAGACGUUCCAGGUUCAGAUGUAUAUUGGGUAUAUAAACGAUAAGGAGAACAACGUGGUUUAUAAGAAGAGGAGGUUUAAACUGAGUUACCUCUUAUGUAGAAGGAAAAAGUCCACUAAUGGGAAUAGGAAGAAGUAUGUCUAUUUGGGUCCCAAGGACUAUGCAAAGUUGUGUAAAGAAAUCCCGAAGUACUUCUUUCUAAACCUAACGUUGAGAAAAAAGAGCAACUUCACAAAUGCCAACUACGAUGAGAAUAAUCUGAAGCACCUGGUGGAUAGUAACGUAUCUCAGUUGCUUAUUUAUUCUUCCUUUUUUUUUCAAAACAAUUUGUGUAACGACCUGAUUGUAAGAUCGAGUGGUGGUAAUGCACAGAAGAUUAGGAGCAACUCGGGGAUGUUCUUUGGAAACACUGAAAAUAGUAAAGUCGUCUUCGAAAUAGUUUCCAACAACCAGACGUUUACUUCGAAAAGGAUCAAAAUGGACGAAGUGUGUCUAAACAAAAAGAUCAUUCUGACGAGUAAGAAUAAGCAGGAAAAUAUUUUUCUCUCCAUGAGCAUUACCCUCAAUGGGAAAUUUUACAACACAAAGACAGUCACGCUGAACAAUAGGUACACCAUCGUGAAUAAUACGAACCGGUGGUUGUACGUGGAGGAGGUAAGCAAAGAAUUUAAAAUUAGGAAGAAGGAAAAGAAGAACCUUAAUUUGAAGUUUGCCAAUGAUUAUUCCUUCUCCAUGGAAGGCAUGAACAGUAAGAAGGCUAUAAAUUGUAGUGAUCGUCGAGCCAAACGGAUUAACAUUGCUCCUAGUGAGGUUAGCGAUGAAUCCACAGGGGGAAACAACCGUAGAAAGAAAGGAGAAGGAAGCGGUGGGGCAAGUGGUGGGGGUGAUCUCCCUGCACGUGUUGUCCAAAUAAAGCCCUAUGAAUCGUUUUACUACCACCCAAUAAAUACGAACAAGUGCCUGCUUAAGUUCUCCUACACGGAUAUAAAUGCAUGCAUGCGGGACGAGAAAUUCCAUCGUAGGAAGGGCAGCUACGAAUGCAUGAACAGCGAGCAUGAAGUGACUAACCUUUUUAAUAAUUAUUUGAAGAAAAAAAUUAUAAAGUCUAGGAAUAUGUCUGUGAUGAAUGGAGAAAAGUCCGGAUGCUCUUCGGAGCGCCCACAGGAUCUACGCAACUUAUUCUUCACCAGCCCCGUAGACAUUGAAAAGGUGGGCAAUUUGAAAAUAUAUCACAAGGCGAUUAGCAGAGUGGAAUGCACCGACAUGAGGACUGACUUGAUUGGAGAAAAGACGGCCAGUGCAGUGACGCAGACGAAUGAAAUGGCUGGAGAUACCGUCCUGUUGGUGGAUAGCGAUGCCAGGUCCAGGCGUAGUUCGGAGUCUUGUGAGAAUUUCGUCAUCGAUGUGGCUGGACAGGGAGGGGGUCCCUCAACCAGUGGGGUCAUCAUCCCAAGUGCCACCACUAACCGUACGCACGAGUAUCUGGAAGAGAGCGUCAUCACCGAAGUUAAUAUUGCACUAAACAGUGACACGAACGUAGAGAUAACCGUAUCGAUAGAGAAAAACCCAGACACCGUCAUUUGCAAUUUAACAAAGUACUAUUUAAUAUAUUACCAACGAAAGACGAAAAAAAAAAUAGUAAAUCUGUUGCAGCCAUUUGGACGAGAAAUCUUCGGAUGGUCCGACGUAUCCAAACCUAAGGUCAUUAAGUGCUUCCUCAUUUGUCAGAAAAAUGAAGUGUAUGUUUUUUCGUGUAAUGUGAAUAUAGUGAAGGAACACAACAACAUCGUACUGAAUCCGAAUAAGAAGAUUAAGGUGGUCACGAAGAUUGAAAAUGGAAAGAGAGUAUUUUGCCUGGAGGAACUCUCAAAUGACGGGAAGGACAACACUCACUCGUUGGGUAUUAUCCCUUCGUCUUAUGCUUCUAAGAAAAAAGGGUUCAGUCGGUUUAAGAGGAAGAGCAAAGUACAUAAGAAGAUGAACCUAUAUAACAAAUUCCAGUCUACCAACGAAUUUAAGAAAAUUGAAGGGGUACGAAAAGUGAAAAAUGAGGAUGAGAUGAAAAAGAAGAAACUGGCUUUCCUUCACAAAAGGAGGUUCAACAUUGUCUACAUGAGGAAGAAAAAUCGGAAGAAGAAAAAGAAAAAAAAAAACAAGUACUUUAGCAUCGCGUCGUUCUUUCUGCUCAAGAAUAUGGACCUCUCCGGUAGGCCCAAGGGGGGAGAAGCUGAAAAGGAAGAAGAAGCAGCAAGGGAAGAAGAAGCCGCCAAGGAGGAGGAUGCACUCAAUGGGGAAGAAGCAACUACCAAGGGGGGAAAAGCCUCCAAAGUAGUUAUACAGGAAAGUGCGAACCGUACCUUCAGCUUGGGUGGAAGCAACGUGAAGGAAUCGCAAUGCGCUGAAGACAAAAGGAAAAAGACGAGCUCUAUCCUUACCAAAAGCGAAGAUAAGAAAUCCCCCCCUGUGAAAAAGUCCUCCUCCAAGAAUAGGAAAUUUUCUUCCAAAAAGUACAUUAAUCGUUUUUUUUAUGAGAAUUACACGAAGAGGAUGAAGAAGAGCGUGUCGGGCAAGAAGAAGAAGAAGAAAGGGGGGUGGCGCAAGAAGGACUCCACCGGGGUGACCAUCCAGGGGGGAGCCAACGACGAUGAAGGAGAUGAUGACGACGAUAUGGAGGAUGACGUUGGUGGUGAUGACUAUUUUGGUGAUGACCCCCUAGACGGGGCGAAACAGCAGCCCAAGAGCUACCUAGACACGAAGCUGAGCGAUUAUAUAAUUAAGAAGAUAAAGAACAACCAGAAGAAGCUGAAGGGGCUGAAGAAAAUUUACCCCACGUUCCUCAAAGGCAGCGGUGGGGGUAGGCGCAGGAGGAGAGACGAUUUGAACUUCCUCAUGAGCAGCUACAUGGAGGGGGACAACGCAAAGGGGGGAGAAGAAGUAAAUGGAGAAACCAUGUUGGGGGGUGUUACAACCGCUAAUGGUACGCACGAAAACAGCGAUGAUUAUAGUGACGCACAUGGUAAUGAAGAUGCUCAUGGAGAGGACUCCCACAGCGACAGCGGCAGUUGCACAGGAAAGGAUCCACCGUAUGAACAGAAAAACGCCUCGAAGCAAAACGGAGGAGGCAACCGACUUAUGAAAAACAAAAAGGAAGAAAAUAAAGUGAAAAAAAUUCUUACAAAUAUCCACCUAAUGAUGAAGGGAAUUAAAGUAAGUCUGUUUGAACCCACUUCAGACUACAUGAUUUCCAUGGAAUUGAACAAUCUAGUGGUGAAGAAAGCAUACAUGGAAGACAUCGACUAUUUCAACGUGGACGUAAAGGUGGAUAAUGUGCUCUGUUAUGUGGUCUACAAAUAUUUGAGUGCCUACGCCAUCCUCUACAUUAACAAUGACGUAAAUAUGAAGAACAGCAAUUUGCGUUUUUUUAUUAACGAGUUAGAGAUAAAGAGAAAUUUAUUUUUAAAAAAAAAAAAUCGUGGCAAAAGUGAACGAGCAUCUUCAGCGUCUUGUGCUUCAUCCACAUCGGGUUCCUCUUCCGCAUCUUCUGCUUCCUCUAUCCAAGUCUACAAUCGACAUGGACAUAAACUGGACAAGUGUUACGACGCUGCGUCGGAUACCGAAUUUUUGGUGUGUAACUUCCAAUACAUGAGGAAGUGCGAAACGCUGUUUAUUAAGUACUUCCUUCUUAGUAUCAAGCCGAUUGUGAUAAAUGCAGACAUAAACUCUAUUACCGUACUUUUUUACUUCUACAAGACGUUUGGUAGUUAUGGUAAGAAGAGGGAGGCGUCGGGGGAAGAGGCCGUGGUGGGUGGUGGGUUGUCUGGUGGGUUGGCUGGCGGUUUGUCUGGCGGUUUGGGUAACGGGGCUGGUUCCCACCGUGCUUCUCCUCGUGCCGGGAGGAUCGACCAGGGGUUGGCCCCUGCCCAAGCACGGCAACUGAAGAAUGAGCUGAAGGAAAGUUACCGUUCUUCGCUGGACCCAUUUGAGACGGUCGAAAGGUCCGCUGAGAGGGGGGCUCACGAACAGGAGAAGAGUUGGGGAGAGACGGUCGGUCAGGUGGGCACUUCCCCAAUGAACGAUCGUCCCGUCAAUGGGGAAUUGCUUGGUGGAAGUCCAGUUACUGAUAGUUCUGUUAGCGGUGGCCAAAUGGGGGGAAUCCCCUCUUGUGCACACGAUGAAGGUGAACGGGUCCCUAUAAUCGCGGUAUCAGAGAAGAAGGAAGAAACGAGCAGCCACAAAUACGUCUACGUGCAGUAUAUCAGCAUCGAUAAGAUAAACAUUCUCCUGAACUUUCAGUCAGAAUAUAAGAAGGAGUUAAACAGCCAUGUCAGCAAUUUAUUCUACAAGGAAUACAUAAGUGCGUAUAACAAACUGGGGGACAUUUCCAACUGUAGCAUCUGUCUGAAGAGUCUUUCAAACAUUCACAUUUUUACCAACUACACUCUGCUUUCAAACUUUCUCCUGAACUUUUAUUUCAAUCAGACAAUCGUAAAUAUAUCCAACCUGUUAAUCUCCUUUAACAUCAUUGGAAGUCCGACUUCCCUCAUUGCUCAUGUGAAGAAAGCGUUUCGUGAUUUCUACUACAUAGUGAAUGAGGACAGUGCACUGAGGAAGGGACAUAGCAGCAAAAGUAAGAAGAGACUGAUGAGGAUGCGAAGACGCAGUUGGAAAGAUAACCUAGCAGAGGAGGAGUUAUUUACGAAAGUUCAGGAGAAAGACGAUUUGUUAGACUUGUUUGAGGGAUCGAAUGAAAGCUCUCUCAUUGGGGAUAAGGACGACAUAAUGGCUAACGAGAGGUACAUUAUGCAUCUGCUAAAUGAUUAUAACAGAUCCUACCAGGAGAACAUGCUCAGUGAGGACAAUCAUCUUAGCAUGAUCAAGAGAAGUGUCAGUUGGAACAUGGUGAAGAAGGACUACGAUGAGGACGCCUGCAGUGUCAGAAGUGGCAGAAACGAUAACAUGGUUGUAAGUGGACGGGGAGGAGUUGACCCAAUUGGUGGUGGUGAUAGCCACACGAGUGACGCCAGUGAUGUUGUAGAUUUGUGUGGUGUAGACCAUGUGACGGGCAUCGUGGAUACGUGCGAUUUAGUGGCUGUUAGUGGGGCUAGCCGAAUGGGUGAAGAAGAAGACUUUUACAACAACGGCAACUACCUCUACAGUAGCAAUAUAAAAAGUCGUGAGUUGGAAAAUCUCGUUAUAGACGAUAAUGAGUCACUAAACUCGGUGCUAUUCAACAAUCAGGAGGACCUAAUUUUAAUGGACGAGGAUCGACGCCGCAGGAGGGGUACUAAGCGCGGUUCGAAAGGGGAUACAAAAGGGGAAACAAAAGGGGACACAAAAGGAGACUCAAAAGGGGAUUCAAAGAGGGACUCAAAAAGGGACUCAAAAAGGGAAUCAAAGAAAGAUUCAAAGAGGGACUCUAAAAAGGAUUCAAAACGCGACUCGAAGCGGGAUUCUAAGCGCACCUCCAACCGAUCCCAGAACGACACGAAAAAGGGGGGGAAGAAAAAGAGGAGAUGCUUACCAUCGUUGGUACGAAAAUGUUGGGGCAACAUAUGUUACGUGUUUCUAAGGGUAAAGCGUCUCUUUAUAGGGGUGUACGUCUUAAUAUUUCAGUUGAUUCUGUCAUUGCUGUUUUCGGUGACGCUGAUCCUGCAGUCCCUAAUUAGUCUCAUCGAAAAAAUCAACAUAAACAACGCAGGAAAUGUGUUUCGAAUAUAUAGAAGAAAAGACGAAGGGAAGAAAACAGUGGCAUUUAAUAACAGCACAGAGGAGUAUAAAAACUUAGACCUUACGAAGUUACUCUCCUACUACGUGAGCAUCUACAUCAGCAUGAUCAGUGUAGUGUAUUACAACGUCCUCUACAAAAUAAGAAAGAAAAGGAAGAAGGACCUUUCAAGUGAGAAUAAAUUAUUUAUGGCUAGCUUUCAGAUGAAUUUAAAUAAAAAGAGGAGGUUAUCUUUUUUCUUCAAUUUUAUAUUAAGUAUUGUUCAGAUAAUAAAUUUGUUUUUUUUCGGACAUUUGGUUUUUGUCCUUUUGUGUCUACUAACCGUGAAUACACUCUUUCAGAGGGUCCUUCGUUUUUUCGUUGAGCUGGUAUAUAUGCAAAGGAACAAAAACCAGUUGGACUUUUUCAACAACGCCAACAGGAACCAUUUAAAUAUAGUCAGUUAUAUAAGGAUUCAUCAGAUCUUAAAUAGGUACACUAUGCUGAAGGAACCGUUCAAGUACUUCCUGUCUUAUCAGGACUUUUUUGAGUUGCCUGCUCUGAAGAAGGUUAGCUAUUUUGUAUACACGAAGGAACUUUUUUUUCACAUCCAGGAGAAUAGAAUAAACUUCCUAUUCCGGCGGAGCGACUUGAAAAAGAUCGAUGUGAUUAUAAACACCGUCAGUAGCAGCUUUGCCAUUAACAGCUACUACAAGCGGCGUGCCAACAGGGUUUCGCGAAAGAGCAGCUCCAGAAACACGCUUUCCAGGAAUACGCUUUCGAGGAACACCCCUUCGAGGAACACCCUCUCCAACUGCACCAUUGCCAUGGACAACCUCACGUGCGAAGACCACCCCAGUGGAGAAUCCUCCCUCAAACAUAAUACAUGUCCAUCGAACGAACUGCGGGAAAACAAAAACAUCAUCUGCCUGCUGAACGCUGAAUUGGCUCUAACAAAGAGAAACGAAAUAAUUAACCUAAAUAAAAAAACAAACGAGCAGGAUAUCUCCAUAAAAAUUACCAUCCGAAAUAAUAUGAACGUUAUGGAAAACGUCUACUACAGUCCUACUAAAUUUUUUAGAUCCUUUUCAAAAAUCCAAAAAAGGUUCAACAAUAUUUACCUGCCCCUGUCGAAGACCGCAAAUAACGAGCCCAAAUGUGGUACUGUCAAAUGUCACGGUGGAAAGAAGGACAAUCAGAAUAGAGGGGACUCCUCAGGAAAGAAAAGGCGCGGCUGUCUAGGCGCCAUCUGGUGGGCUAUUAAGAGCUUCUUCGCGUGCUUGUUUCUAUGCUUGUGUUGUUUGAGGAGACCCAAGGGAAGCGCACCUCGACCGAAGAACCCCCAGCAGACCAAUGAAGCUGCCAAGGAAGAAGACGGGCAACAGAAAAACAGAAAAGCGCGCAGCAAGGAUUACAAGAAAAUGGCUCCCAAGCAUAUCAGCUUUAAGCUCAAUUUCGACGACUUCCAGACCUGCUUAAAUAUUUUUGAAUGCCUCUGUCGGUUUGUUAACAAUAAUUAG